CUCUCCAAUUUGACAAUUCCAAUCGUAAUUUUUUCGGUGUAGAAACAAGGAGAACGAUUCUUACAAGUCUUUUCGAUAUACCUUUUGUGCGGGACAAUGGCAAAGAAAACAUACGAUCUACUCUUCAAGCUGUUGCUGAUCGGUGAUUCGGGCGUUGGAAAAACAUGCAUAUUGUUUCGAUUCUCGGACGAUGCGUUUACGUCAACGUUUAUUUCAACGAUAGGAAUUGACUUCAAAAUAAAAACCGUUGAAUUGCGCGGUAAAAAGAUCAAACUUCAGAUAUGGGACACAGCCGGACAGGAACGUUUCCACACAAUUACAACUUCAUACUAUCGUGGUGCCAUGGGUAUAAUGUUAGUCUACGAUAUAACAAAUGAGAAAAGUUUCGAGAAUAUUGUAAAGUGGUUACGAAAUAUAGACGAGCAUGCAAAUGAAGACGUGGAGAAAAUGAUUCUGGGCAACAAAUGUGACAUGACAGACAAACGUGUUGUGAGCAGAGAGCGUGGCGAAGCUAUAGCCCGUGAACAUGGCAUCCGCUUCAUGGAAACCUCGGCAAAAUCAAAUAUCAAUAUAGAUCGUGCAUUCUGCGAAUUAGCCGAAGCAAUUUUAGAUAAGACAUCAGGUAAAGAAGUGAAUGAGAACUUAGAGCGAGUCGUUGUACAUCGUCAGGGACAAGAGAAGGCACCCGCAUAUUCACGUUGCUGUUCCUAAACAUUACAUUGGAGUCGAUUUAAUACUCAUCACUUUUUUUUAAAUUAUAAGUAGCUUCAACAAUACAAAGCCAACAAACCAAUUAAGUCAGCCAGAAUAAACCAAACCAUAUGAUUCUGGUGUAAAGACAUCAACCGUCAAUAAAUAUCUAAAAAUAUAAAUGAUGGAAAAGUGAUCCUUGAAAUCCCUCCUCGUCAUCUGUAUAAAACUUUUUGUUCCACAUCUGCACGUAACAGUGCAAAAGAAAACAGAAGCAAGGAUAACUCACGUUCUACAUUUUUUACUGAAAAGUGUUUUUAUAAGUCGUCAUCUCUAAAUUUUUCAUGUCAUAAAAUAAAUUUUAAUGAUUUUCAUGUUUUUUAUAAUUAGAAUGGAACAAGCAAAACGUAGUCACAUAUUGUAAUCAUUUUAAUGUUUGUUUAACUAAAUGUAUAUUUAUUUUGCGCAUAGGAACGACUGACAUUACACAAACUCAAAACAAAGAUAAAACACUAGAAAAAUGAAAGCAAUUGUUAAAUAUUUUUUAUAACUGAAACAAAAAAAAAAUGAUUAAGAAGAAAAAAAAACAAUGAAAUAAUCGAAAAGAACCAUUUUCGGAAUGCCAAUACAUGAAAAGCAAAAUUGAACAGUUACAAGCUAUUUAUGAAAGUCCCAAGGCUAAUUAUAUGAUUUCAAUUCAAAGAUAGGUCAGACAUACUAGCUAGAAUAGCAGUUUCGUUUAGUAUUGUAUUAUAGAGGAAAUAACCUGUAGAAAAGUCGAUUGCAAUUACAUAUUUCUGUCCUCCUGUCUUUGGCUCGAACUUUUCUAUAAUCAUAUUCUACUUUGUAUAUUAAAAACAUAAUACCAUUGUUUAUUUGUUUUCUAGUUUACAAUUUAUAUGCGAUUUUAUUAAAACGAAAAGAAAUGAAUCAAAUUUAUAAAUAGUGAAUAACUUUUUAUAUAUUCAAUAAGUAUAAAUGUGAGAGAAAAACAAACACAAAUUGUAAUGUUGUUAUGGUUUAUUUUGUAUGUAGUUAAGUCAACGCUUUUGCUUCGAUCAGCAUAUCAAAUGGAAA